AUGACAGUGUCGUGGGCAACAUUCGAGGACGUGAGCGAUAGUUCCGUCUGGGUCGGGAGCUCAGAGGAUUCGCUGGAAUUGGUCGAUACACCUGUAUCUAGUGAUAGCUACUACAGCGACGAUGAGUACAAUUUGUUCCACCACCACGCGACGAUUACAGGUCUUAAACCGCGUACUAAAUAUUUCUACAAGGUCGGCAGCAGAGGCGACGAGAAGUACACAAGCGAUGUAAGUUCAUUCAUCACAGCACGACCUGCAACGGACGAUAGUUCUUUCAACGUGUUGAUCUACGGCGAUCUCGGGGACGGCGAGAACUCGGUUGAUACCAUCGCUGCCGUCAACAAGCUGACGUCCGAUGACAUCGAUCUUCUCUACCAUAUCGGCGACAUCUCGUACGCUGACAACGACUUCUUGGAGGUGAAACAAGCUGCUGGUUUCUUCUAUGAAGAAGUUUACAACAAGUGGAUGAACUCGUUGAUGCCUCUGAUGAGUAGUGUCCCGUACAUGGUUUUGGUUGGGAACCACGAGGCCGAAUGCCACUCACCGAGGUGUCAAGCCUCUCGCACGAAGAGCAAAGCGUUGGGAAACUAUACGGCGUAUAACACACGGUUCAAAAUGCCAUACGAGGAGAGUGGUGGGACAUUGAACAUGUGGCAUUCCUUUGACCAUGGUCCAAUUCACUUUACUUCGGUAUCGUCAGAGUCCGAUUAUCCAGAUGCACCAGCGAACGUAUUUACUGCAUGGACCGAUAAUGGUAAAUUUGGCGACCAAUUGAGUUGGAUCGAAGCAGAUCUCAAGAAGGCAGAAGCCAACCGAGCGAAUGUACCGUGGAUUUUCGUUGGCAUGCACCGUCCGAUCUAUAGCGUCCUCAAUUCUGAAAACGACGUUCCCAUCGACCACACUGCAAAGAUUCAGGCAGCAUUUGAAGAUCUAUUACUCAAAUACAAGGUUGACGUGGUGCUGACAGGCCACAAGCACUACUAUGAACGGCAUUUGCCGAUCGCGAAUAACAAGGCUAUACUGGACGGCGUUUCUAAAGACUACAAGGUGUACGACAACCCUCAAGCCCCGGUACAUAUCCUAACGGGUGGAGCUGGUCAGUCCGAGGGACUAUCCUUCUCACCGACGCACACUGCGUCGUGGAACGCCGUGUCGGACUAUGAACAUUUUGGGUACUCGAUGUUGAAGGCGAAUCGCACGACGCUGGUAUGGGAGUAUAUUUUGAGCUCGGGCCAGACCGUUCAAGAUGAAUUUGUGAUGCACAAGACCGACCCAACCCAGUCCGACGUUACUAGUAGCUAG